AUGACCGAGAAACGGACCUUCUCGGGCAAGGCUCUGUCCACCAACAAAUCCAUCAAUGGCAAGGACGGCCAAGUCUCACAGCGCAUCAAGAACUUCUUCCGCAUCAACAGCAGCAGCGACACCCGGAAGCUUUCCGAUGAAGGCAACGCGCCUGGCAAGAAUGAAAAGUCGGGCUUCCGCCAGUCGAGAUUCAUUCCUCACAUUACCCGCAAUCGCUCGCAGACGGUUGCUAGCGAAGGCAACCCCCUAGACGACUCCGUGUCGCCGACCGCCCACGCCAACCCCUACUUUGCCCACCAGGGACCACCGGCCCUACGCCAUCACAAUGAAGGCAGCGUGCCCCCAUCUCCCCCAGACACACCCGCGAUACCCAAGACGCAAGUGAAUGGUGUCACUGCUUCGGACGACCAUGCUACGACGGCUGGGAAGGAGGAAUUGGCAAGGAAACUGCGAAGGGUAGCUUCUGCUCCCAACGCCCAGGGCUUGUUCUCGUCAGGGAAGUCUACUGAAAGACCGCAGACUGCAGAACUUGGCAAGCAGCCCGUCCUACACCACCCCAACUCGUCCACCCUGAGCAUGGUCGAAACAAAUUCCGUCGACUCGACCCAUCUGCUGCCCACGGACGCCAGCAAGCCGAUACCUUCGCCGGGCCAGAUCCGACAGGCGGCAGCCUUCAGGAGGACUUACAGCUCAAACUCCAUCAAGGUCCGCAACGUCGAGGUUGGCCCGGGCAGUUUCGAUAAAAUCAAGUUGAUCGGUAAGGGUGACGUUGGCAAGGUAUACUUGGUGCGGGAAAAGAAGUCUAGCAGGCUAUACGCCAUGAAGGUCUUGAGCAAGAAGGAGAUGAUUAAGCGGAACAAGAUCAAGCGUGCCUUGGCCGAGCAGGAAAUUCUGGCUACCAGCAACCACCCCUUUAUUGUUACUCUAUACCACUCUUUCCAGUCCGAAGACCACCUCUAUCUCUGCAUGGAAUAUUGCAGCGGUGGUGAGUUCUUCCGCGCCCUACAGACCCGACCCAACAAGUGCGUCGACGAAGAUGCCGCGCGGUUUUACGCUGCCGAGGUCACGGCUGCAUUGGAGUACCUCCAUUUGAUGGGCUUCAUCUACCGUGACUUGAAGCCAGAAAACAUCCUCCUCCAUCAGUCCGGUCAUAUCAUGUUGUCAGAUUUCGAUUUGUCAAAACAAUCUGAUACUGGCGGUCGCCCAACCAUGAUUCUAAGUGGCCGAAGCGGUACUUCCUCCAAUAACCUUCCCACCAUUGACACCAAAUCAUGCAUAAACAAUUUCCGAACAAACUCCUUUGUCGGCACUGAAGAGUACAUUGCGCCAGAAGUCAUCAAAGGCUGCGGACAUACGAGUGCGGUCGAUUGGUGGACCCUUGGUAUAUUGAUUUAUGAGAUGCUGUACGGAACUACGCCCUUCAAAGGCAAGAACCGUAACGCAACCUUCGCCAACAUUCUCCGAGACGAGGUGCCAUUCCCAGAGGGUUCUGGUGCGCCACAAGUGUCAAACCUCUGCAAAGGCAUCAUCCGCAAGCUCCUAAUCAAAGAUGAAACCCGACGACUUGGAUCCCGUGCCGGCGCCUCGGAUAUCAAGACUGCACCAUUCUUCAAGACAACACAAUGGGCGCUGCUAAGACACAUGAAGCCACCGAUCAUCCCACACCAGGGCCAGGGUAUCGAGACUCCCAACUUCCGGAAUGUUAAGGAGUCCCAGAGUGUUGAUAUUGGAGCCUCGAGAGUCAAGGGCGUGCCUUUGGACUCUGGUCUAGCCACGCCAAUGGGCGAAGUGGCAGAUCCAUUUGAAGAGUUCAACAGCGUCACCCUUCAUCACGAUGGAGACGACCAUCACCACGACAGCCACGAUUCCAGUCAAUACAGCCUGACCCAAACCAGUUCUCAUCGGUAGGACCGUGGGUGAUUCACAAAAUAAAGCAUUGUAUGCAUAAGGAGAGGAUCUCCAUGUGUGAUAUUCUCUCGACUCCACUCAUUCGCGUUCCACGGAUAGUAGACAAACAGGUCUUUUCCAACAACGGCGUUUCAACGGUGUUAUACUUCGUCUUCUUCGUGGAUAUUGUCUCGGGCCUUCUAGUCAUCAUCGCAAUUGCAGCAAAAUAUUUCUGGCGUUGUCUGUAUUUCAUUUUCAGAGCAUGGGUUUGUUGAGGAGCAUGUGGUCUAAGGGCGGAAGCAGCUUAGACAGUAGGCAGGAGUGUGGGUGAAAUAGGUUGUUGUAGGAAAGGAAAGGGGCAAUGAGGAAGUCAUUUUUGAAA